AAAUCCCCAAAACCAAAAUAUUGGAACUUUAAUUUCGCCAAGCAACCACCUUAACCACCACCACCGCCAAAAAACGUGUGCGCCCGCCAUCAUCACCAAUCUCUCUUCUUCUUAGUUAUGAAAUGGGCAAGCUAAUAACAACACUAAUCUUACUCUUCCUAAUUCACAGUUGAUCGUAAAUCUCCUCAAUUUCAUCGCAAAACCCUAAAAAUGGCGAUGGCAUUAAAGAAAUACGAAAACCUAAGAUUGCGAGAUUCAUUUUCUCUCUCCUACCGCUAUCCAAUGGCUUGCAGAGAGCUUGGACUUAUUCUUCGAUUGGCUUACUCCAGAUUUCCGAAAUCCCUUCAAUCUCUGCUUUUAGAAGACACCAUUACUGCAUUUCGCAUCCUUCCUCAAAUGCAGACAGAAGGUGCUGUUUCAGCAGCUAAUUUUCUUAGCCAGAGUGCGGAGGCUGCUUUGCCAAAGCAGAAACGAGGUCUAGCAGCUACAGAAUUCAAGAAUGCAAAGGUUGCUUACAAGAGACGAGCCAAAAGGCCCACACCUGAACAGGAAGACAGAGAUUUUGUUCAAAUCCCUCAAGAUGUCCUUGUACAUGUAUUCAGUUUCCUGGACAUGCAAUCUUUAAUAUCUGCUGGUAUGGUGUGCUGGUCGUGGAAUACAGCAGCAGAUGACAAAUAUCUUUGGAAGUAUCAUUAUAACACCUAUUUUGGUGACUCAGACAGUAUUAUGAAAUUGGAGGAACUACAAGGUCAUAAUAAUGCUCAAGACAGGCAACAAACAGCUUCGAAUGGGGUUUGUGAUGAUGUGAACUAUGAGUGGAAAGAUGGUUUCAGAAGAGCAUACUUGGGCCUUCCAUCUUGGAGAUACAAGUACAACAGAGGAUACUGUGGUCACUGCAAUUCAAUUGUUUGGCUUGAUAACUUGAGAUGUCCAAAUAAACACUCGAGACAAGAAUCUAGGAAUCAGCAGCUGAUGCCCGUGUCGCCUAACCAGAUUGUCGGAUACAUUAUAGAUGAUGAUACUUCCUGGAUGAUAUAUGCUUCAGGUGGCGAUAGUGAUAGCGAAUCAGACGAAGAGUCUGCUCUCAAGUUUUGGACGCCUAUAUAUUAAACAUUAGGUCAGUGAGGAUGCUUGAUUAGAGAGCUGUGCAUGCCAGGGAAGAAGCUUUUGAUGGAUCUCUUGGCCCUUGGGGAGCAACUUCUUGGCUGUAUCAGGCUAUCAGCUAUGACUUCGUAUAGAAAAAGGAUGUCAUGGUUGUUUAUAUUUAUCUUAUUUGGUAAAGUGACCCAAAUCCUCACGGGUUCUUAAAAAUGUUUUUGAGAAGUUGUAAGUCAAUGGUUAAUCAUUAUAUAUAGCAAUAACAAUUAUAAUA